UCUUAGUUAUCAUCGGUGCUUCUUACAAGAAAGACUCGCGGGAAAGUUAGACGCCGACGCCGGAGUUCCGCACACACACACACACACACACGAACACACUCGCACGCAAACACAAACACGUUAUCGCACGAGUCGAAGAAGAGAAUAUUAGGAGUGCGUGGGAUUUUUCGGAUGUCAUUUUGUCCCAUUUGGUACGCGAUUUUUGUGACGGUGUCUGUUUUUCGGAUUCGGCCGCGGAAAAGUUCGUUUCGCGCUGUGAUAGCGACGAGGACUGUGCUUUAAUUUUCGUGCAAUAUUUUUACCAGUUUACUAAGGCUUAAUAAUUAUAACUCAACAACUACCAUACCAAGGAAAGGACCCGUACGUAUGCCUUUCCUUAUCGCCUAAAAUACGACUCAAGUUCCUUACCAACGAUCCAUAAACGCUGUGGGAUUCGCUGGUAUCAUUGUCGAACGCUGUGACUACCGUUUCACGGCGCCAAUUCGCCAGAUUCGAUCAAAAUAACCAGCAAAAUUUUCACCACGGAGGAACAGAACAUACUGAACAACCUCAAAGUCGAACAUGAGAAUUUAGUGGCGAAGUGGCUACAAAACUCAUUCAAGAUACAAGAGAGUGCCGCGUUGGACCUUAGAGCCACACCGCUGCAGCCGUUGCAGAUACCUCCGAUGGCCGAGGUCAACAAUCGGCCGGUAUUCAAGAUGAACAACGAUUUUUGGAACCAGGCGCGCGGACCGCCUCAGCAGAUGCCUCAGAACCUAUCCAAUUCCAAUCAAAAUUCACCUGUCCCCGGGUCUACCAACUCGAUGCCGGCUCACUCGCCGAGCCAGCAGAGCAAUUCGAGCCAGAUCCACGUGGUCACCCCGGGCGCGAUGGCCUUACAGCAAGCUAACCAGAACAGCCAGCAGCAAAUGCAGCAGCAGCAACAGGCCGCGAGCCAACAACAAAACCAGCAGCAACAACAGCAGCAGCAGGCGGCCAAUCAGCAAGCGCACGCUCAACAGCAACAACAGAACGCGCAGCAGCAGGCCGCGCAGCAGCAAGUCAACGCCACUGCGCAGAUGGGCCCGCAGAGUAACGGUUCCGGUGCUCAUCAGCAAACCGCCCAGCAGAACCAGAUGGGUAGUCCGAAUCCGAGUCACAUGGGUAGUCCGACGCCCCAACAGUCCCACGGUUUGCCUUUCGGACAGCAGAAUAUGAUGGUGCCGCAAUUCGGUAGCGGACAGAACACCCCCGACAAGUUGAUGACCGAGAAGUUGGUGAAUGAGUUGCAGAUUUUCAUGCACAAGAGCGCGAUGCAGAUGCACGCGAGAGAGCUGGGAGGACGUUCCGAGGUCAAGCCGCACCAGUGUCAGCAGUGUCUAAAAUCGUUCAGCUCGAACCAUCAGCUGGUCCAGCAUAUCCGCGUCCAUACCGGCGAGAAACCCUACAAAUGUUCCUAUUGCGACCGCAGGUUCAAGCAGUUGAGCCACGUUCAGCAACACACGCGACUCCACACAGGCGAACGCCCGUACAAGUGCCAUCUGCCGGAAUGCGGACGAGCCUUCAUCCAGCUGUCAAACUUGCAACAGCAUCUGCGCAAUCACGACGCUCAAGUGGAACGCGCGAAAAACCGCCCUUUCCACUGCAAUAUCUGCGGAAAAGGGUUCGCUACCGAGUCCAGCCUCAGGACGCAUACGUCCAAAGUAAGCCAUUGUAUUGGUCGUUUGCAGCAACACGCAGCUUUGAUCGGUGGACCGAAUGCCACGUCGUGUCCUUUAUGUCAUAAAAUGUUCCUCGGGGGCGAAGCGUUGAUGGAACACAUGAAACACACCCAUAAAGAUCCCAACGCUUCCGGGGUAGCCACGAAAAGAAGGACGGCCAAUCAUCCAUGUCCGGUGUGCGGAAAGCACUACGUAAACGAGGGAUCGUUGCGCAAACAUUUAGCUUGUCAUCCCGAAACGUCUCAACUGUCGAGUUCCUUAAGAAUGUGGCCGUGUUCUGUAUGUCAAGCCGUGUUCACACACGAAUCAGGACUGUUAACGCACAUGGAACACAUGCGUAUGGAUCCGAAACAUCAGUUCGCCGCUCAAUACGUCCUGUCUCGAGCGGCCGCCGAGAGGAGGGAACGCGAGACUUUGUUGGCUGCUGUCUCGGCCUCGGCUUCCGGUUCCGGCUUGCUCGGAUUAACAGGAAUGGGACCAGCGAGUGGUUCUCCAAUGUGCGCCUCACCUAGCGCCCACAGCGAUAGUUCCUCAGGAAACGGCAGACUCUCUUCGGCUGGUUCGGAAGCAGGCGGUUUGAAUAACAACAACAACAAUUGCAAUACUAAAUUAGGUGAUAUCUUACGAAGUAACAACGGGCUCCAUCAGCAGUAUAACAUGGAAGAUCAGCUGCACCAGGCGAACAGGAUGGCCGUCAUAGCCAACAUGGUGAACCAGGGUGGUGUGCCGCCGGGUCUCGGGUCCGAUCCCGCCGCGAAUAUUGCCAAUAUUGCCAAUCUAGCGAUGAGACUGGGCGUGACACAGGCUAAUCAAGUGAACAAUUCGUCGAACCCUUCGACUCCGCCAAUUACGAACGAGGCCCUGUCGUCGCUGUCCAUGAACGCAGUCAACGCUAUGCGCGCGUCUAUGGACUCCAUUAGAUCGAUGGACGUGAUGCGCAACAGCGUAAUGGACAUGUCUCAGUAUGCGUCUGCGCAGGCGUCUCAACAAUCUGCGCAGCAGUCGGCCGCCGCGCAGGAGGCUUUGCGCUUCCAGCACGCUGAAGCAGUCAUCAGAUCUCAAGCCGAAGCCGCUCUGAGAUUAGCCAUGAGCCAGGCUCUACCUCAGUUGAAUCCCGGCCAGGAUAACAACCACAGUCCGCUACGCCAUAAUGGAAACUACCAAGGUCAUCAGGGUCAGUCGUCGCAACAGCUGAGCCCUGACCUUACCGAGGCGCUGAGGCUGCAAGAGCAACGGCUCGAGCAAGCCCUGAGGCUCCACGGUAGCGAUCCCAGAUCGCUCGGUUUUUCCUUGGGCGGUUCGAGCGGCGGCCAUCAGCAACAGAACAACCAACAGCCAUGAAGUUUUAGCUACUACUGAACGCAGAACUCGCGACAAACCAGAGUAAUAUAUAUUUUUGUCGUUUUAAUUUUAGGUGAUACGGUAUCAGUUUUACGUUUUGCCAUUUUGUAAACGCUCGCAAUCGCGUCACGCAAAAUUCGGCUGGGCUGGGCGAACGGCGACUGAAAUUAAAUUUUCUAGUCUCGGAAUGUGCAAUUUAUUUACGUUUUUUUCGGAGUAUUACGCCCUGUACAGUGUUUUGAAAAAAUGGUAUUAACAUUCGCAACAUUAGCAUUCCGCUUCGAUUUAAGCAGCUUUAAUAAUGAAAAUCAAUUUUUACUCGUUAAAUGUUCCCGCGUAAAGAUGGCAAUUUUUCUACGUAGUUAGUUGCAUUGACUUUUGCUUUGUUCGAUUACUAGAAGGAUGUUUCAUCCGAAUUUUACUCUUUAACAGAGAGUACAAUAAAGUUUACUUAAUUUUUAAAUAAAAUAAUACAAAAAAUAAAUUAAAAUUAUGAGUAAUGAGUAAACGAAGAGUACUUCCCCGUUAUUAACGAGUAAAACUUACGAAAUUAUUAGACUUGUGCGGACCAACUUAUUAGUAAACUGUGGUAUAGUCAUUUUAAUUGGCACAAGUACACAAUUAUGAAAUUCAGUUAAAGUUACUCAUAAAAGAGUUGUAGAAAAAUAGUACUCCUUAGAUUAGAGUUCAUUAUGAAAUUGCUAGUAACUUGUUCUUUAACGAAAAGAGUAAAAUUGCGAAUAUUCAUUAAAGCGAUGACACACAAAAUUUACUGUUACUCUGCAUGUAAGCAUCAUUCUUAAAUCUUAAAAUAAUCGAAAAGAUGUUUCUCGUUGUUAACUAGUACAACUCGCGAAAUUAUUAAACUUUUUUUGCCUACAAAUAUUGUUAUUCCUUAAUAAAUUGUAGUAUACUCACGAUAAGUCAAUUUCGAAAUUCAACCCAACAAAUUACUCACAAAAAAGUUGUUAAAUUAGAGUUAAUUUUCAAUGUCACCCUUUACUAUGAAAUUGCUAGUAACGAAGUAAAAGGAGUAAAAUAUCCAAUACUCAUUAAAGCGACUACACAGAAUUUACUCUGGCUCUGCAAAUAAGCUUCAUUUUUAAAUCUUAAAAUGAUGAAAAAUAUAUUUCUCGUUAAUAAUGAGUAAACUCGCAAAAUUGUCAUUCCUUAAUAAAUACCGAUAAGUGAAUUUUGAAAUUCAACCCAACAGCGGUUAAUUAAUUAAACUUACUCAUAAAAACGUUAUUUAAAAACAGCUUUGAACACAUUUUUUCAUUCAUAAAGCUAGCCAAAUUAUUAUACUUAUUCUAAGUACAAGCACUGUUAUUUAUUAAUAAACUGUAGUAAAGUCAUUUUAAUUUACACGAUAAAUCAAUUUUGAAAUGCAACUUAACAGGGGUUAAUUAAAAUUACUCAUCAAAAUAGUUGUAGAAAAAUAAAACGGUUUCAAUGUCACGCUUUAUGCCAUUAACUUGCUCGUUAAUACAGUAAGAUGAGUAAAACAUCGAUUACUCAUCAAAAUAAACUUACUCUUUUACUUUUACUCUUACUCCGGAAUAACACAAGCUUGGCGGCAGAACAAAAACACGAAUAAAGAUGUUAGGCCCAAAGAGUUCUGCGUACAAACUUGUGUUUGGAUGCGAGCUAUACAGGGCGGGAUAGGAAAUGCGACGUUGCCAAACUCCCGAAUUUUCGAAGAACGCGAUGGCGAGUAUUUUAUUUCGAACGAAAAAUAUAACGAGUACAAAUAUUUUAACAAUCGUUUCGGUUGAGUUGCGCAAUGGUACUGAGGAAUUGCUUUCUGUUUGGGUUUAGCGAAAACGGGAAAUGUGCCAAACUUUUUUUUUUGUUCGUCCACCGAAAUUACUACCUAGUUUGCGCUCAGUAAAAAGAAAUUUCGAUGCCUAAGGCAUACUCAGAGUUAUUUUAUUUGCACUUUAGAAGUGCAACACUACAGAAAUCAUUUUAAGGAUGUAUAGGUUUUAAGUGUUAUGAUACGGGGGUAUACCAGAUGCGCCGCCGGAUUUUCUACCCGGACCGAGUGUCCCCCCGUAUUACUUAAGUUGUACAUAUAUAAUUGUUUUUAGAUUAUAAUUGAACGUAUGGAUGAUUUUAAUAGAGAAUUUGCUAUAUAAUAUAUCUUUCUUAAAAACGAAGAAAACGAUAUAUCAAAAUAUCUGUCUUUUUUUUAUAUGAGAAAUUAUCGGUCCAUUCUGUGAUUUGUUUGUGUUUUAAUUUUUUAUUUUUACCGUUUUUUUUUUCUCGGCCGGUUUUGUAUCUAGCAAUAAUCUAACGAUUUAUAUGUUUUGUUUGCAAUUUUCGCUGUGAUUGAAACACGAUUUUCUCGGUAUUUUUUACGGAAAAAUAUCGGAAGACGCGUCGGCGGGCGCGCGCGCGGGGCCCGACAUUUUUUCGGCCCUCCUUCUCGCCCGCCUGCCGUUUAAUUAAAAAAAAAGUACAAAACGAAGUUUUUAAAUUCGGAUACAAGGGACGCGUGAAUGUGAAACGAGUAUAAAAUACACACCCGGAUUAUUUUUUCGCAACAAAAAGAAACCAAAACGAAAGACAAAAAUCGUACUUAAUUUUGUUUCCCCACUCGCUGAAACUAAUUGGACUGUUUCGAUUCUAUUUUUGGUUUGUGAAAUGUGGUUUUAUCCGUUGUAAAUACGUAAUAAGCAGUAAGAGCCUCUCCUGUACAUAAAAGCCAUUCGGUCGCGUUCUCGGGACGAGUCGCCGGUUUCCGAUGGUACCCGAAUCCAUCCGAACGUGUACAUAAUCCGGCGGCCGGUCCCGAGUACGCGGUCGCGUUACAAUAGCCACAAUAGUCAAUAGUUACAAAAAAAAAAUACAAUAGUUCACGGCCUGAUUUAAGGCCGACCGCAACAUUUCCCAUAAAAGUGACAUUUGCGUUGACGCAUUUUACACGAUCCCGUGUAAAAUUUCAAUUGUUUUUCUGCGUAAAAAUAGUUUCGUUCCGACGCGCGCCGCUGACGUUCGCGACGGGGCGGGGCUUUGAAAGAAAACGCCCGCGCAAGGUUAGAACGCGACAAAUUUCAAUUUUCAAAAUAUAAGGGACAAAUUUGAGUGGCAGUGUAACUGAAAAGGUGUGGUUAGUCGCAAAAAAGAUAUUCGGAUUUCUUUCCCACUUUUUUUUUUGGAUGAAAUAAUAGAAUUUGAGAAUCUUCAAAAUUAAAAAGGUUUGCUUAAAUAUUUCUUUUUCAUUUUUUUUAUUUAAAAAAAUACUAAAAAGGUUUGCUUAGUCGUAAAAGAAAAUUGUAUAUUUGGGCUACCAUUAUUUUUUGCUAAUUUUUUGCGAUGAAAUAAUAGAAUUUGACACUUCUGGUAAUGGAAAAUUGUAAAAAAAUAAAAAUAGUAAAAUUGUCGAAAAAAGAAAAAUAAUCAUUUGUACCUCCAAUUUUCUAAUUUUAAGUCCAAUUCUGAAUCUUUAUAUAUCGAAUUUUAUUUUAAACAAAGGACUGAACUGAAUUUUAUUUUUAAAACCUUUCGGCUGAGCUAAAAUUCAUUUGUUGGGAUAGUAUUGUUAUCAGAAAUUGUUAAAAAGCAAACAGUUUCAGGACAUCAAAAAUUGCACAUUGUUGCCACGUUGCGGAAAUAAUAACUGCAAAGAAGGUGUAGAGUAAGAUGUUUCGUAGAUACGGCAGUGUUGCCACGUUGAAAAACAAAUACCAAGCGGUCUAAUUUUAUUUUAAAUAUGAAAUUCAGCGUGCCGAUGCUGUAAAAGGGGCUAACCAACUUUUUAAUGAAUACAUGCUCAUAGUAACAUAUCAAAAAUUAAUAGCAAUUUGGUGUUUUUUCGAAUUACCCGCCCCCCCGCGAGCCGGGACCGACCCACAGCGAGUAAUUUUGCGGCAGAUUUUCGUGGGACGUUUCUGCAGCAUCGAAACCCCGCGAGAGUCUGUCAUAUUUUUACGCAAAAACACCCGGCCGUAGACAGUGGCGGCUCGCGAGCCGCCCGCAUUAAACAAAAAAUCCACCGAUCGUGACCACAGAAUAUAUACAGUUAAAAUACACAAAAUAUCAAACACAAGUACAAUAGCCCGGUUGCACUAAGUGCUUCAAAUGAUUUUUUGCCCUUAACCACGAUUACUUAGCUGAGCGACUAUACACAUAUAGUUAAGUAAUUCCGCCAUUUAAAAAAAAUUCUCCAUAGCCCAAAUCGAAAGUCCCCCGCGACUUUCGAUCUCAGUAUAUUGUUUUCGAUUUACCCGGGGCGGAGCGCGCGCCCAUGAUCAAAACCCCCGCGCGCGACGCCUAUUUUAUGUAUUUUACAAGAUAUAACGACUAACUGCCCGAUGACGUCGUGAUAUUUAUUGUAAAAUUACAUCGCAAAAAAAAAACGAAAGUUUCGUUACAAUAGCCCACACGUACAGGCGCGCGAACUGAUCCGAUCAGUUCGCGCGCGGUUUUUCAAUUUUCUCACCGAAUUCAGUUCCGAGUUUUCAUUUUAGCGUUUUCGGACGCCGGCUGACGCGCGCGCGCGCCUUUUCCUGGUGGGAACCAAAAAAAGAAACAAGCUGUAGAUACGAACCCCCUUCCCCCGCAACAAUGUAGCCACUGGAUGUUAUGUAAUGGCAAUGUAAUUCUUCCCCGUGUCAAGUUUUCGGAUCCAAAAAACCAAUGACAAAAUCUCCCACGUUUCGGCCUCGAAAUUUUUAUAUACGCACCUUUCUAAGUGACCCUUUUGUAUAUAUACAUAUAAAUAUAUAUUGGACAUUGAUAGUGACCAAAAUUUCGACCAUGUAUACUUCGAGUUUCGGCUUUCGAUGUCGGCAGCAAUGAUAGUCACACAUGAAACGCUUCCUUUUUAGAGUCUCUCUCCGUAUAGGUAUAAUGCGCGGUUUAAAAUUUGGCCUGCUGUCCGGCGGUGCGAUGCGGAUGUGGAGCUCUGCUGGAGCCGGGCUCUAAACGUCCACCUCUCUUAAUUUAAUUUUGAAAAAUGCUUUUUUUUUAAUUCUUUGAAAAAAUUGGAGCUCCGCUGGAGCCGGGCCCAAACAAUCACGCCAUUUUAAUAGACAGAUGUUGUUUGUGUUUCAAAAAUUUGACCUCAACUGGAGCCGCUCUCCAAACGACUACCUUUCGAAGUUUUAUAGUCAACUACCAUGAAAUAUUAAAUUUAACAACGUCUAUGUUUCAAAGCAAAUGUAAUUUUUAAUUAAUUGCUUGCUUUUAAUGCUUUUUUUUUUAAGUUGUUUAUAAAAUUUGAGCUCCAUUGCAGCCAAGCCCUAACAAUCACCAACAUUUUAAGGCAUUUUAAGGAGCUCAACUGGAGCUGGUCCCUAGACCUCUCUAAAUUUUAAACUUAACGACAACAUCCGGUUUUCUUUUAAAAAAACAAACGUUUCUUCUUCAGAAGUUAAUGUAAAUUUAUACGGAGUAUUGAAGCUCAACUGGAGCCGGUCUCUAACAACCACUUCUCCAGGCUUAUUUGCAAUUUUUUAAAUCGAGUGUUAUUUAUCAUUGAAAAAUUUAGUUUUCGUUAACAAGUUAAUUUUGGUUAGUACGGUGACUGUAAUUUUUCACUUGGUUCAACUGGAGGCGCCUAGUUUGCCAUAAAAACCAUGUUACUUCGGAGUUCAGAUGUGGUUUUCUUAAAAAUAUUGUUUUUUAAGUGUUUUUUUUUUCAUUAAAACAUUUGGAGCAUGCGUAAAAUUGCGGACUCAAGCUCCACUUUAGGGUGCUAUUUGAAGAAAAGAUCAAAACAAUAUUGCUGAAAAGAAAUCUUUCAGAGUUUGGUUUAUUCUUUUUUAUAUAUUUAGAUUUUUAAAAAAUCGUCUUCGCAAUAAGAGCUAACGCGUGUUAGGUUCUUUAAUUGUCGUUAGUCACGGUUAGAGCUUCUAAUCUCAAUCGCUCCGCCCACACAGCACAGUCAUACGAACAUUUUCCGGCAAAGGCGUAAAUAUGAUUCAAAUUUUCCCGUUUUUUGGUCACUAAAUCGUAAAAGCAAAAAACACCGGUUCGUCACUAGUAAAUUCGGUACCGCCACCGCGACGUCGCAACGCUAUUUGUAAAAUAUUUAAUGAUAUACCUAGUGUUUACAGAUAAUAUAAUAAUAAAAAAAAGUAUCGCAAAAAGCCCACCGCAUCGGAAAACGCGGCAGCGUCAGUCUGCGUUCUUUAGUUCUUGAGUUAAAACAGCAAUAGCCAAAACGGACGUCCUUGUCCCACGGGGCGGGACGUCCUAUACAAAAAAUUUGAUACUCCAUACUUAAGUUCUGGUUUUUUCGUAACUGCAUUUUGGAGAAAUAUAAAAAUUCUUGUUACAAAAACAGCGGUUGGUUUAGUCUGUAUACACGCAGUGUCGUUUUUUAGUUUCACUGACAAGGGUUCGUAUAUUUUUUCAAAAACGAGUUACCUUAUAAUUUUUUUACAAUAAUAUAUAAAUCAAUAUAUCACAUCUUUAUAACUUAAACACACACACGCAGUUUCGGGUAUAUAAAAACAGUUUAAUAAAAAAAAAUUGUCGCGUUUUUUUUUUUUUUCGAAAAACUUCAAUCGGACAUUCGCUUUAAGUUUUCGAUAAUUUUAACACUUUUUCAAAAAAAAAAUCCGCUUAAGAUUUCGCCGGUGUUUUUCGUUCAGUUUCGAAAUUUUACAUUUUACACAAUCCGUACGGUGCGGCGACGGAGAGGGAGUCGCAGGACGGCGUCGGGGGCACCUUCGACGAGCAGUCCCUGCGCCCCCCUCGGGUCGCCGGACCGCUUAAUAUUAUAAUAAAUAAUAAAAAAAAAGUCACUUUUGGGAAAAACCACAAACCGUUUAGGCCACUUGCAAUUUUCAAAGCAGAGAAAUCGAAUGCAAAAUUAAAAUUUAUAAAACCACAUAAUAUAUUUUAAAAUAGUUGUAAUAGUAGAUAAUUAUUGUUAAUGUUAUGUUUUUUCGUCAUUUGUUGAGCAAAGCCGUUCUGUUGAUUUGCGGCCCCCCUCCACCCCCCACACACAAAUUGUACCUAAGGUUUUUUGCACUUUUUUGGUGCAAUUCUAAAUUAAAAUUCGAUUUUUAACUUGAGAAAUAAAUUAACAAUUUUACGAUGACGCUUACUCACUUAAUUAAAUGCAAAAAAACACCUGGGUGGAUUAGUAAGAAAUUGUAAUGUUGUUAGCAAAGCUUUUUUGUUUCGAAAAAAAGCCUUUAUAAACAGAUCCUCUCAACGGUUUAUUUUCUAAUUCUAAUUUGUGUCAUAAUUUUAGCAUUAAUCUAGAUUUUUUAACAAAUAUCUUGCUAAAAAAACUGCCUCUGCCAGGAGUAUCAUUAAAAUUAUGAUAACGCUUGAUCAAUGCAGGUAGUGGAAAACAUUAUUUUGUCGUACUAAAUUGAGAUUUUCAUUACGUAAUUCCUGUUCUAAUUUUCUAAACAUAUAGAACGAUAUUUAUUACCUUGAUAUCAAGUAAUGUUUUUUUUUAUAAGUAAAACUCUUAGAAAAAACCAAUUUUGAAUAUAAUAUUUUUUUAAAGUUGGCUACAAAAAAUCUAAUCCGCUCUGUGUUUGCCACGUGAAAUUGUCAUUUCGUAGUUUUGAAAUGUCAAAUUAAUUGGCAAGUGUAGUUCGAUAUUUUGCCCAUCCUGUUCGCCAUACCACGACUUACCUGCGCUAGAAUUACAUAGUUGUUGUUUGUUGUUAUACCCCCUUAUGUAGUACGACUUUAAGUUAUAGUUUUCAGCUACACGACUGUAACCGGGCGUAAUAUCGAGCUGCCGCGAAAACCUUAAGACAAUUUGGGGCCGACGAUCGCCAAAAAAAACCUCGCGACCACGCCCCCUCGGUGACGUCACGUCGGCAUUUUCUAUACUUAAAUUAUGUGCGUUGCCUCAAAGUCAAACGAGUGCAAUAUACAUUGUUGUUGGCCAUGUCGAAAUUAUGAGUGGGACGUGGGGUCUAGGGUUGACGGCGACUUUUCGAACAUAGGGGCCGUAUUUUCAAAACGUUGUAAAUUUUUUAAUCUGUAACGAUAACACUUAAGCAUUUUUAACGUAUUCUGUUCGUAUAUUUAAGACUACAUAGUUAUGUUUGCUUGCGAGAUGCCAUCUAUAACGACGUAUCGACGAUUUCCUUUUUAUUUAUUAUUAGUUUUCAGAUCCAAAAUGUUCUACAGUUCGCAUAUACAAAAACAGUUACAUACGGAAUAUAAUUAGAAUUAUGUACUUUUUUUUAUAUAUAUACAUAUUUUUAUUAACUUAUGUGAGGCAGAGUUCGGGCACGGGGCGCGGUCCGGUUGGGCCCCCCAAGCUCGACAUGCCGGUUUAAAUAUUACACUUUUAGGUAUACCGUAUAUAAGAGUUAUAAUUUUUUUACUAUACUCCAAUUGCCAUUUUUAUAUAAUUUUGACUGCCAUUUUUUUUGUUUCGUUCGAUUUAACUUAUAUUUUUUCGCUUUUUUUUUGUAGUUACUCUAAGUUCCUAUAUUUUACUGUAGAGCAAUUUUUUUUUGUUUUUUGGAAUGAAAGACUGCAAGAAUGGGUCACUCGUUUGCGACGACGCCAAAAAUAAAAAUUUACGUUUUUUUUUUUUCGUUCGUAUCGGUUGUAAAUUCGUGGGAUCGGUCGAGGGGGGCGGCGCGAGCCCCGCCCGCGCCCGCGCGUCCCGCAAAAAAUUGUACAAAAUUAGUUUCCGCGUGUAAAUUUCGGCGAAGUAUUUUCGAAAAAAAAAAAUGCGGCGGAGGCUGCGGCGCGGGCGGGCCGCGUACCCCCCGUCCGUGUAAAUUUCGGCAAUUAUAUAUAGGUUAGGAUCGGAAUUCAACUGUGAAAAUUCGAGGCAUUACGCGAGAUAAAAAAAAUAAAAUUUAAAAUAAUUUGUAAGAUAUAGGUUAUUCGAAAUUGUGAAAAGUUUUAGAAGAAUUACGUUGCAAUGUUUUUUAUUUGAAAGAUCAAAUCAAAUUCGAUGUAUGAAACAUGUAUGUGUGACAAUGUAUUAAUUCUAUUUACUGGAAUAGCAAUCAUUAAAAUUAA